GGGGACGGACGGACAGACGGACAGACGGACAGACAGACAUGAUCCGCUUCAUCCUGAUCCAGAACCGGGCGGGGAAGACCCGCCUGGCCAAGUGGUACAUGCAGUUCGACGAUGACGAGAAGCAGAAGCUCAUCGAGGAGGUUCACGCCGUGGUCACCGUGCGCGACGCCAAACACACCAACUUCGUCGAGUUCCGCAACUUCAAGAUCAUUUACCGGCGCUACGCGGGGCUUUACUUCUGCAUCUGCGUCGACGUCACCGACAACAACCUGGCCUACCUGGAGGCCAUCCACAACUUCGUGGAGGUCCUCAACGAGUAUUUCCACAACGUCUGCGAGCUCGACCUGGUGUUCAACUUCUACAAGGUGUACACGGUGGUGGACGAGAUGUUCCUGGCCGGGGAGAUCCGGGAGACGAGUCAGACCAAGGUGCUGAAGCAGCUCCUGAUGCUGCAGUCGCUGGAAUGAGCCGGGACCUGACCCCCCCACCCCACCCCAAGCCUUGUGUCCCCCUCCCCCAAACCUCAGGACCCCCCCAUGGGGUGUCCCCCACCCUCUCAGGACGUGUCCCCAGCCCCCCACGGGGUGUUUUUCCCCCUCCGCUCACAUUCCAAACCAUCGUGUUGUGAAUAAACGUGG